CAAACUCUCUUCCUGGUUCUGACAUGAGUUCCAGCUGCCUCCGACUGCCAGCUGCCAGGAGCCUUGAGGAGUAGCCACUCGGGAGUAGCAGCCGACGCCUGGGUCCGCUAUGAACUGGGGGGUCUUCGAGGGGCUCCUGAGCGGGGUCAACAAGUACUCCACAGCCUUUGGGCGAAUCUGGCUGUCUCUGGUCUUCAUCUUCCGCGUGCUGGUGUACCUGGUAACGGCCGAGCGAGUGUGGAGUGACGAUCACAAGGAUUUUGACUGCAACACCAAGCAGCCAGGCUGCUCCAAUGUCUGCUUUGACGAGUUCUUCCCCGUGUCCCACGUGCGCCUCUGGGCCCUGCAGCUCAUCCUGGUCACCUGCCCCUCGCUGCUCGUGGUCAUGCACGUGGCCUACCGGGAGGCUCGGGAGAAGAAGCACCGAGAGGCAGUGGGGGAGGACGGUGGGCGCCUCUACCUGAACCCCGGCAAGAAGCGGGGUGGGCUCUGGUGGACGUACGUCUGCAGCCUGGUGUUCAAGGCCGGUGUGGAUACUGCCUUCCUCUAUGUGUUCCACUCAUUCUACCCCAAAUAUACCCUGCCCCAUGUGGUCAAGUGCCACGCAGCUCCGUGUCCCAAUACGGUGGAUUGCUUCAUCUCCAAGCCCUCGGAGAAGAACAUCUUCACUCUCUUCAUGGUGGUCACGGCCGCCAUUUGCAUCCUACUCAACCUCGUGGAGCUGGCCUACCUGGUGAGCAAGAGGUGCCGUGAGGGUCUGGCAGCCAGGAAAGCCAGGGCCACAGGUGGGGGCCAUCGCCCGGACUGUCCCAUCUCUUCCUAUAAGGAAGACGACCUCCUCUCGGGCGACCUCAUCUAUCUGGGCUCGGACUCUCACCCUCCUCUCUUACCAGACAGCCCACGAGACCAUGUGAAGAAGACCAUGCUGUGAGAGCCGCCUGGUCAAGCCUGGUUGGAAAGGGCCUGG